AUGCAACCCUACUCGAGACCAGGCCGGGGUGGAAACGUAACGCCUCCGUCUGUGCGAGAGGCAAGUCCCGUCCGACAACAAGCGCCUCUCCAAAGACGAGCGAACACGUCUUGCGAGUCUACAGGAGAAUGGAAACAACCCAAACCUUUGGAGGAGAGACCCGAAAAGUCGGCAAGUUCUGGCGACAAGGUUCAAGACUGUAUAGAAUAUAAACCUCUCCCACGUCCACCGGCGAAGAGCUCGAUAGCCACAACUGGAUGCACCAAGUCGGCCCCAAACGACACAGCCAAACAACAGCCACUCGGGGACUUCAGGCCCGUGGAAACCUCCAUUCUGGGAAAUGGUAUCGCUCAAGGAGACUCCUUUAUACACAAGGAGACCCACCAAACCGACAGCCAGAAAUCGCCUCCUAGUGGCAUCCGUGAGACUCAUGAGCAGCGGGCCCCAACACAGCACCAGUUUUCAAGCAUCGGAAACCAUCCUUUCCACUUCUCGCCUGUGGCUGGACAACGACUCGACAGAGAGCUUACAUCUGUAGCAAACACCCGCCCUAUCUGUUCUCAGCCGGAAGAGCAGAACCAAUGGAGCCAACUGAUUGUCGACCAUCCCUUCAAUGGUUUUCCCUCUGAUGCGGAUAUGGAAGCAGCAGAGACGUUGGUACAGAUGGCGUCAGGCAAACAUGACCACAUCCCGAACUUCGAGACCGGUACCCGGGAUUGUACGAAGACAAACCGCCCGACGAAGGGUCUCAGCGUGCCCGGAACCAAGGUACUGAUUCUCUCCGGUCCGACUGUCGCUGAUAAAAGUGACGGCCUGCAGGGCGAGGCAAAAUCCCAAUGCCCGCAAUCAGCCAGAAUCUUCGACCUUGAAAAGCGAGUCACUUCUUUGGAAAAUGUUGUCAGGGAACUCCAGGGAAGUACGGUACGAGGAACAGGCAACAACGGCAACUACUUUUUGCGACCACAAUCGCCACCUAACAGCGAACAGUCUUUUGAUACUGUCAGUGACGCCUCGAUAUGA